AUGGCUAAAAGACACAAAGCUAGAGAUGUUGAUCGUCCUGAACUUCACAUUGUAAAUUAUCUGUCUAAUCCUGAUUAUAGUUCACGGAUGAUGACAUGUGACCACCUACUGCCUCCUGAUCGGUACCAUCCAAGUGUAGAGGAUCAUUUACGGGUUACUGGGUUUUAUCAUGCCUCUCAGAUUGGAGUAGUUCAAUGCCAGAAAACAUUGAUAAAUGCUUUAGUGGAGAGGUGGCGGCCGGAAACACACACCUUCCACCUUCCGAUUGGUGAGUGCACGGUGACCCUGGAGGAUGUAGCCGUUAUUUUGGGCCUCCCGACGAACGGCCUUCCGGUGACGGGGAUGACCUUGAGCAACUUUGAAGCAUUGGAGGGUGAGUGUUUCCAUCAGUUUGGGGUUGCACCGAGAAAGGCCGACUGCAGAGGGAGCGGCAUAAAAAUGACAUGGCUUAGGAAUCUAAAAGAACGUAUACAACUGACUGACGAAAACAGUAUGCAGAGGUACGUCAAGUGCCACAUUAUGUUGUUAUUGGGUACUAUCUUACUUGGAGACAAGUCAGGGGCAUCUGUGCACUGGAAGUUUCUGCCUUUGCUCCGGGAUUUUCAUAGUAUCAGUAAUUUUAGUUGGGGAUCGGCAUGUUUGGCGCACCUAUACCGGUCCUUAUGCCGGGCAUCUCGUUUUGAUUGUAAAGAAAUCGAUGGUCCGUUAACACUUCUGCUAGCUUGGUUUUGGAUCCGCCUACCCUAUCUUGCGCCCCCUACUAAGGAACCACGCAGUUUUCCGCUUGCAAACAGGUGGCGUAACUGGGAGCGUGGUGACAAUCGGUAUAGAUAUCUUAGUCUCGCCCACUUUAGGAAGGCAUUAGAUGAGGUUCAGGAAGGGCAGUUCGUGUGGGUUGCUUAUGGUGUGGAUCGCAUUGAUCCGGGCAUAAUCCCAGAAGACAUCCUCCUGCACGCAGUAGUCUGGAGCGCUACGGUUCCGUUGAUUUCAUUCGAAUCUAUUGAGUGGCAUGCAACGGAUAGAAUUAGAAGACAGUUUGGUUUUGUUCAGGGAGUUCCACCUGAGGAAUGGAAUCUGGGAAGGGCACAUGGAGAAACACUGGCUGGUCCUAAGAAUCUUGACUGGCAUCCGUUGGAUGUUUACAUGGACUGGUAUCGUACACAAUAUGGCAACCAUUUGAACUUGUCAAAUGUUGUGGUUCAAGAGAACGAUGAAGGUGAACAAGUAAUGGAUGAUGAGGGUAACCCAGGUAUAAAUGAUGAUGGUAGCCCAGUAAUGGAGGAUGAGGGUAGCCCAGUUAUUGAUGUAGCCAAUGAAGAACCGGGGGCACAGUCACAGCCACAUCCACCUCCACCUCCAGCUUCUCAAGAACAAUUUCAGGCCUCGGUACCAUAUGUUGUUCAGACACAAUUUACCCCGUCAUACCCAAUAGAUCAACAAUACUGGAGUACCCCACAGUGGGAUGCAGGAGAUGGUGCUUCUUUUAGCCAGUUGCUUGGGUUCAUGGCUGCGGAUGCAGGGCAGUCACAAUUUGGCCAUCAACCUGAAUUUAUGCCCGGUAGGUAUUCUUUGGACGCGAGGAUUCCAUGCCACACUGCCUCAGUUACUUCUGGAGGUUUGGAAACUGGAGAUUCCAGUAGAAGUGAUGGCGGUCGGGGGAUAUUUAAUAGCCGGAACCUACGGCAUGUAUCAAUGGGUCAGAUUGAAGAAAAUGCCGGGACAGGUGAGCAUGAAACGGAUGAGUAUCUCGUGGAUGAACCGGAUGAUGAGGAUCAAGACGAGAGCGACGAUGAGGAGAUGGAUGAGGAUGAAGAAUCCCGCAACAAUGCCCAUGAUGAUGGGGAUGAUGCAGGUGAGACAGGUAAACAUUACAAUCUCAGGGUGGACCCGUCACGUCGGAGCGCUAAUCGAUACACCCCGUCCAUGUUCAAGAAGGCCAAGAAGAAAUGCAAGAACACCGUCGAGAACAUAAAGUGGGCAAUAAGAAAGUAG